AUGGCUGCCCUGAACAAACUCAAGCAAGCCCAUCAGCAAGGCGUUGUUCUAGGGUUGAAAGGCGUUGGUGAUGUGAAGCCACGCUACGAUAUUGAUGUCUUCUUGUUGAAGUACCCGGACACGUUCAACUUAUUCUGUCUUGCCCUCGGCGAGUUGAUGAAUGAUCCCGACUCAACCAAGAUCAUGGGCUACUAUCAGAUUGCAGGCAUCCACGGACUUCCCAGUGCUAUGUGGAAUGGGGUUGCAUCCAGCACCAAAGAGACUAUCGGCACGACGAAGUAUGAUCAAUCUGGCUAUUGCGUACAUGGCCUGCCAGAGUUUCCGACAUGGCAUCGUCCUUACUUGGCCAUGUUGGAACAAUCUAUUUACUUGAAGAUGCUCGAGAUUGCGCAGAGCUAUCCGCAGAAAGCCGACCAAGACGCUUACCGAACAGCCGCUCAAGAUUUCCGAUUGCCAUAUUGGGAUUACUUUCGAGCACGCGGCCAGAAUGCCAAAUAUGGCACGCGAACUUUCUCCUGGGAUUUCAAGGCUCCCAGGAUCUUCACCGAGACCGAGAUCAUGCUGGAUGUCCCAGGAAAAGGCUUUGUGAGAAGACCCAAUCCUCUGCAGUCGUUCAGCUUCCUUAAGGGUGGCAAGCUACCGCAGAAAGACUGGGACCUUGUGCCUCUGAAGUUAAGCGUUUACGACAAAGACAAAACCCUUCGACACCCCCGGAACGAUCAUCCAGUGGACCACUUGAACUACACUCUCAACACGAAUUGGCAAGAUGAUCUACGCGACAUCUCCAACGCAAUCAGUGAUUACGACCAUGAGAAGAUGGAUGGGUUCGUCACGAAUUACUACAGAUCCUUGGAAGGCAUUCAUGGGGAUUAUCAUAUCAACAUCGGUAACACCGCAGGUCACAUGAGUGACGUGCCGAUUGCGGCUUUCGAUCCGAUCUUUUGGAUCCAUCACGCCCAAAUUGAUAGAUGGUUUGCGGUGUGGCAGGCAGCACAUCCGGACUCUUGGUUUGAUCCCGGCGAGGAUCAAGCACCGCUGCUCCCUUUCAGGACUUCAAAAGGCGAUACCCCGGCCAACGAUCGGUUCUGGGAUUCAGCAGGCUCGAAAUCCACCGAAACCUUUGGCUACACCUAUCCCGAUCUCAAAACAACACUCGAGCCUCAUCAGCAAGGGUACAACAAACAGGUCGCCAAGGAUUUUGUGGAUCGAUACAGAUGGGCACAGCGAACGUCUAGAAGUCCGACCAUUACUGGCACACCGCCGUCGGAAGGCCGGCUUGACAUGAGUAUUCUACCCGUGGAUUCUGAGGCGCAGGUUUUCCAGUAUGACAAGACGUCCAAGCCUAGAAAAAAAACACCAAGUGAACCCACGGCUGAACAGAAAGCGACUGCGGCUCAGCGAUCAUUGAAGCACAUGGACCCGGCUGAAGUCGCCAUGGCAGACGAUUCCGACAUUGACGAGUCACGAGUGGAACGUCAAUGGUAUGUAGAUGACUCUGUGGAAAGGCUUGCUCUCAAUGGAUCUUUUACCAUCUUCUACUUCAUUGGAACUCCACCCCCGGUUGCUGUCCCCACAAGUCAAUAUAUAUCCUAUCGCACGCUCGGCGGAAUCAGCCACAUCUUUGCCGCUCCAGUCGAAGCAUGCGACAACUGCCACAUGCAGGCAGUAAAUCUCAACCAUCUACAGACCGACACGGCGGGAAUCACGUCCACCUUGCUCGACUACAUGCUGACCGGAGACCUUGCGGACCUCAGUCCCGAGAAUGUGAAGCCUUUCUUGGUCAAAAACUUGAAAUGGAGAGUGGUAACGGCUACCGGAGAGCUUGUCGAUCCUCGCACCAUCCCGAGCUUGAAGUUCGGCAUUACUUCCAGGCUGGAGACUGUGGGUGACGAUGGUGGCAGGGUCACAUGGCAAGAGUUCCCUGAAGUCAUCACAGAGAUCAUCCAAGCCUCUUCGUAG